UUAUUAUUAGGUUGCCAAUGUUUUUUUUUCUUAGAUAAGUCAUUGUAUUGUCCUACUUCAGUGAUCGUUACUGCAAAUGUUAGUCAAGAAAAAACAACAGAUAAUUUUAAUGAUGAAAAUGACAAAAACUAUAAAAUGGAAGAUGAAGAUAACAAAGCUUCUAAAUUAGCUGUAGAUGACAAUGAAGGUGCUGGGGUAUCUAAUUAUGAACAAAGAUCUGCUUGUAUAUCUCCAGCAAGUUCUCAAGGUGGAAUUUAUCCGGUGGAGUUAGUGGAAAAUUUUGGACUUAAUAUACAUAGAAUUGAUAAGGAUGUUCAAAGAUGUGACAGGAACUAUCCAUAUUUUACUCUGGAAAAUCUUGAUAAAUUAAGAAAUAUAAUUUGCACAUAUGUUUGGGAUCAUUUAGAAAUGGGAUACAUGCAAGGAAUGUGUGAUCUUGUUGCUCCUCUUUUAGUCAUUCUGGAUGAUGAAACAUUAUCUUAUUCAUGUUUUUGUUUGUUAAUGGAAAGGAUGUCUGCUAAUUUUCCACACAGUGGUGGAGCAAUGGAUACACAUUUUGCAAAUAUGAGAUCCCUAGUACAAAUAUUAGAUUCAGAAAUGUUUGAACUUAUGCAUGAAAAUGGAGAUUUCACUCACUUUUAUUUUUGUUAUCGAUGGUUUUUAUUGGAUUUUAAACGAGAAUUAUUAUAUGAUGAUGUAUUUACUGUAUGGGAAACAAUUUGGGCAGCUAAAGAAAUGUCUUCUUCUCAUUUUGUGUUAUUCUUUGCCCUUGCUCUUGUGGAAACAUAUAGAGAUAUUAUUUUGGCUAACCACAUGGAUUUUACAGAUAUAAUCAAAUUCUUUAAUGAAAUGGCAGAACAUCAUGAUGCUAAAACAGUCUUAUCGCUAGCAAGAAAUUUGGUUUUACAACUACAGACAUUAAUUGAAAAUAAAUAAAAUAAUAGUAUUAUUUAAUCCCAUGACAUACAAUUAUGAAUUUUUGGUAUUUAUAUUGUUAAACUUUACCAACAAUAGUAGUCUCUAAAUUACAAUACAUGACGUCAGUUUAAAUAAUCGAUUACUCCAUUACAUUUUUAUAAAUAAAAUAAUAUACUGAUUAUACACUUAGACCAUGUAUU